UCCCUCCGACAGUAAAUGUAGUAGAAGAAGAAGAAGAGGAAGAGGAGGAAUGGCAACGAUGAUCGCUGAAAAUGGUCCCUCGUCUCGUGAGCAGCCUGAAGUGUCCUCGCCGUCCCAGGCCAUGCUGAAACUAGAGGGGCUCCUGAACAAGAACAUGAGGAUCCGCAUGACAGACGGACGGACUCUGGUGGGGCUUUUUCUUUGCACAGACCGGGACUGCAACGUCAUCCUCGGCUCAGCUCAGGAAUUCCUCAAAUCGACAGAUACUUUCUCCCAGGGUGAACCCAGAGUCUUAGGUCUGGCCAUGAUCCCCGGUCACCACGUGGUCUCCAUCGAGGUGGAGGCCGACAGUCUGGAAGACACACAAGGGUACGGAGCUGACCAUUGAUGACGCCUCACCUGCCCAGAGGAGCAGCGUUCAAGCGUGCCUGAAUCCCACUCAGCCUGAUGUUGCACGGCUGCGGCAGAGCUCAGAGGAGAACGGACGGCUUUGACUAUGUGGAUUUUUAUCAGUCACUUCUCCGCUAUGGACGCAGAAGUCAGUGCGUCAGUGUUCUGGAUUUAGCCAUUCCCUUCAUAUGUGAGGAAGUCUCCUUCUGCAGUGACGGCUGUACAAUACAGCACGUGUGUGUCUGCGUGUGUGUAUGUGUGUGUGCUAGAUGAGUGUGAAUAAGGUGUCUCAGUGUUGUGUACAGUAAACCUCUUUCUUUAACAUUUUGAAAUAAAUUCCUGUAUUUGAGA